GGUCCGGUCUACUUGGAGGCGUUUUGCCGGCAGUGGGUGUUCCGCGGAGGGCGGCGUUGCCGCUGUAGCCCGUCUUAGCCCGCCGUUGGGCCUUUCUUCUUGGAGCUGGCGGCCUGAAGUGGGGGCGAGGGGAGGCUGCAGGGGUGAGCCGCCGCAGAGCCAGCCCUGCUGGUAGACUUCCCGCGGUGCUAUCAUUGUAGGUUAUUCAAGCAUCUGGAUCUCCAUCUUGGCUGGUGAACAACUCCUGGCUAGAAACUAUGAAGAGCCCUUUUGCAUAAAACUUCUGCGUGACUGAGGCCAUGGCAUCUUCAACAAACUUAGACCUUGGGGCCCAGUUAAUUGUGGAAGAAUGCACCACUAGCUACAGCCUUUCACCCAUGCCAGACAUUAAAGUGGAACAUCAGCUUGACUCUAGCACAGAGGAAGGCCCAGCUCAGAGUAUUGCCAUGGGAACGAAAUUCAUUUUGCCAAAUAGAUUUGAUAUGAAUGUUUGCUCACGGUUUGUGAAAUCUUUGAAUGAAGAGGACAGUAAAAAUAUUCAAGACCAAGUUAAUUCUGACCUUGAAGUGGCAUCUGUCUUAUUUAAAGCUGAAUGCAACAUCCACACUUCUCCUUCCCCUGGCAUCCAAGUAAGACAUGUUUAUACCCCAUCAACUACUAAGCAUUUCUCCCCAAUAAAACAAUCAACUACCCUCACUAACAAACACAGGGGAAAUGAAGUCUCUACUACACCUCUCCUCGUAAACUCUUUGUCAGUUCAUCAGCUGGCUGCUCAAGGAGAAAUGUUGUAUCUGGCCACACGUAUUGAACAAGAAAAUGUAAUCAAUCAUAAGGAUGAAGAAGGAUUUACUCCUCUGAUGUGGGCUGCAGCUCAUGGACAGAUAGCAGUGGUGGAAUUUCUCCUCCAGAAUGGUGCAGAUCCUCAGAUUCUGGGAAAAGGGCGAGAAAGUGCCCUCUCACUGGCCUGCAGCAAAGGAUACACAGAUAUUGUCAAAAUGCUGCUUGACUGUGGAGUUGAUGUCAAUGAGUAUGACUGGAAUGGAGGCACACCUCUGCUCUAUGCAGUACACGGGAAUCAUGUGAAAUGUGUAAAAAUUCUCCUUGAAAGUGGUGCUGAUCCAACUAUUGAAACAGAUGCUGGCUGUAAUUCCAUGGAUUUGGCUGUAGCCUUGGGCUAUCGGAGUGUUCAACAGGUUAUUGAGUCUCAUUUAUUACGGCUACUUCAAAAUAUCAAGGAAUAAUGUUUGGCUCCUCGGCAGGUGUCAUUUCUUGGCUUGGAAAUUGGAACCACUUUUUAGCGCUGUAAUCGGUAACAAGGGUUGGCUGUUUCUAAACUUCAACUCAGUUCAGCUACGUGCUGUUUUUAGUUAAGCUUUUAAAUAUUCUUCCUCUUCUGUCAUUGUUGUUCAUAGAUAUUGGUGAUGUUAUCUUUUUUGUAAAUGUAUUUUAUAUAAUUUUAGAAAAGUGAGUUGUUAUGCAUGAAAACCUUUGUAAAAUAAAACCAGUUUUGAUCAUCUAAAUGUUUAUACUGAGUGCAGUAGGUGGCAUUGUGCUGGGUGUCCUAGUUCAUCACAUCAUUGGUACAUGUACAGAUGAAGAAAUUUGUCUAGUUAUUGAGGUAUGUCACCAGAGGAUAGAUGUCUUUGCUGCUAAUUAUACUAAAAUGUGCACCAUGUGUGAUUGCUUGAAGAUCUCCAGUUAGUAUUAGUGUAUCGGCUUUUGGUUUUGCCGUGUUUUGAAGGAGUUUGGUAAUAAAUUGAAGGACUUUGAUAAUAGUA